AAUGGAGACAGCGGCCGCAGUAGCUGCUGUUAAGGCGACUCAGGUGCCACUGAGUCUGUUAACCCUCCUCCAACUUACUGGACCUCUGUGGCCGAAAAACGCAAAAGUUCAGAAUUGUUCCGCCUUCGAUUACAUUAUUAUUGGGGGCGGAACUGCUGGAAGUGUCCUUGCUAAUCGCCUGACAGAAGAUGAGAAGACUACAGUCUUGGUGAUAGAGGCUGGUGGGAAUCCUAAUGUAGAGGCCUUGCUAGCAGGACUCUUCGUGGCGCAACCACAAACAUCAAGGGAUUGGAAUUACACUUCAACGUAUGACAACUACGCUGCUCGAGCGACGAACAAUCGCACAACUCUUACAUCAGGGAAGAUGCUCGGUGGCAGUAGUAGUCUUAAUCACUUCAUUAUCCAACGAGGGGUAGCAGAAGAUUACAAUUAUUGGGCCGAAAUUACAAACGAAUCUUGGAACUAUGAAAAUGUUUUGCCGUAUUUCAUUAAGAGUGAACGAGUUGAGGAUGAGGAAAUUUUAGAGUUUGAUGGAGAGUUCCACGGAGUUGAAGGUCCAGUUGGUCUUACAAGGGAACCUAGGGAAGAAACCAAGGAAUAUCUAGACGCAUUGAACGAGCUGGGUUAUGAUAUUUUUCCAGACCUAAUCGGAAGGGAAAAUUUGGGCUAUGCUGAAUGUUUGUUCACAAUAGCUGACGGAGUUAGGCAAAGUACUGCUUAUUCGUACCUCAGGCCGAUAAGAAAGAGGAAAAAUUUGUACGUUCUUAAAUUUACACUGGCUACUAAGAUAAUUUUCUAUGGAAAAACUGCAUGUGCUGUUGAAACUCAAGACAAAUUUGGAAAGACCAAGGUCUAUAGAGCUAGAAAGGAGGUAAUAGUCAGCGCUGGAGUAUUUAAUACUCCUCAAAUACUAAUGCUGUCUGGAAUAGGGCAUAAGGAACACUUAGAAUCAAUGGGAAUUUGUGUCCGAGCUGAUCUUCCUGUGGGAGACAAUCUUCAAGAUCACCUAGGUAGCAUCGUAGUAUUUAAAAUGCAAAAGUCUAUUGCCAUACCCCCAGUCCGCCCACUUACUGAGUUAGCUGUACCGUUAGUAACCGGGCUGGUGUCUUUAAACAAAUCGUCCAAUAUCCCUGACUAUCAGAAUUUCUUUAGUGUUCUACCUCAUGAUACCCCAUUCAUACUUCUGUUUUGUGGCUUUGUAUUUGCUUACAGAAAUGAUAUUUGCGAUAGGUAUAAGAAAGAAAGCAUUGGCAGAGAUAUAAUGUUUAACUUAGUAGCACUAUUGCAGCCCUCAUCCACUGGCACAGUCAGGUUAGCCAGUUUAGAUCCUACUGUCCCACCCGAAAUUACCACUGGAUUUUACACCAACAAGACAGAUAUUACCAAAAUGGCAAAAUACAUCAGAGAUUUAAUCAGAAUCCAAAACUCUAGCUACUUUCAAAGCGUUAAUGCUGAGUUAAUUGAUCCUAAACUACCCUGUAACAACUUUAAGUAUGGUAGUCAGAAAUAUUGGGAAUGCUAUGCUUUGAAUUCUGCUACAUCUCUCUACCAUCAAACAAGUUCGUGCCCUAUGGGUUCAGUUGUUGAUGGAGACUUAAAGGUAUAUGGAUUUAAGAGGCUUCGGAUCGUGGAUGCUAGUGUCAUGCCGAAGAUACCUAGAGGAAACCCUGAAGCAGCUGUUUUAAUGAUAGCUGAAAAGGCUGCUGAUAUGAUCAAAGCUGAUGCUGAAAGUUUAGGUGAUAGCAAAUGUUGUGCUUGUGCAGGUUGAAAAUGGUAUUU